CAGCGUAGGUGAUUUCUAGGAACAGCUCAGUUGUAGCUCAAAUUGAUAUUUGUGGUUGUAAACGCACAUUAGACGUGCAAUACCUAACUAGGUAGUACAUUUUUUUUUUUUUCGUUCUAUGGAUUUUUUGCAGCUUCUGUCAUGGGCCUGCAUCAUAUUUACAGUCGGGAUGUUCUCGACUGGACUGACCGACCUGAAGAAGAUGCAAGCAUCCAAGAGUGCUGAAAAUGUCCAGUUUCUCCCUUUCCUCACCACAUGUCUCAAUAACCUGGGCUGGUUGUAUUACGGGAUCCUGAAGAAAGAUGGCACGGUCGUGUUGGUCAACGUCAUCGGAGCCGUUCUGCAGAUUGUCUACAUUGUUUUCUACUUCCAUUACACCAAAGAAAAGAGGCGCGUGAUGUCUCAGACCCUCGCAGCCGGAGCGGUGCUGGCCUGCGCUUGGUUCUACUUCACCACGCUGCUUCCCCACGGAGAGACCCAGCUGGCACAGCUCGGCCUCACCUGCAGCGUGUUCACUGUCAGCAUGUACCUGUCCCCGCUCACUGACCUGGUAGCGAUCGUGCGUAGUGGUAAUUUGGAGUGCCUGUCUUUCCCUCUGACUGUAGCCACCUUCUUCACCUCGUCCUCCUGGACCCUCUACGGCCUCCAGAUGAACGAUUACUACAUCAUGGUUCCAAACACACCGGGGAUCCUCACCAGCCUCAUAAGAUUCUACCUGUUCUGGAGAUUUGCAUCUGUCCGUCAAACCUCACCAUCCUACAGACUUAUCCAGAUAUGAGGGGUCUUAGGGGUUU